GGGUAUUUUCAGUCUUUGCCAUUUCAGCGAAAUGAUAGGAGCUCCAUUUCCAAAGUAAAGGCGGUGUAGGUGGUCCCCACCCCGCAGUUAAAUAGACUCCGGGGCUCAACCAGCUCCUGACAGAUACCAGGCUGCACUCAAACCUCUCCAGUGCCUCAAGUUGUCUCAGUUUCCUGUUUCCGGUUAUUCCUGUAAAACGCUGCAGCCGUUCGGACUCCUUAAAGUUGAGGAAAUCAGCGUCUCCUGCAAGAAGGGAUCUUUUGAGUUGCUCUCGUUAUAGGAUGCCGGCAGGUCUUUGUCCAGAGAAGUUGGUGGCUUUCACCAAAAACUUCAAUGAUGUGCCACAUUAUAACCUCGCGCAGAAUAUUGCAACCAGCGGUGAUCUUUUGCAAGCUUACCUUCAGAGAAAAGUUGUUCAGGAAACAUUGCAAGUGUUCAAACAUGUCAUUCCUGCUGAAGGAAAGCCAGUUACAAACCAGAAAAAUACAGGGCGGUGUUGGAUUUUCUCUUGCCUCAAUGUGAUGCGGCUUCCAUUGAUGAAGAAAUUUAACAUUGAAGAGUUUGAGUUCAGUCAAUCCUACUUGUUCUUCUGGGAUAAGAUUGAGCGUUGCUACUACUUCUUGAAUGCAUUCAUUGAGGUUGCUCAGAGGACCGGUGAGAAGGAAGAACCUUUCGAUGGUAGACUUUUGCAAUAUUUGCUAAUGCAUCCUACAAAUGAUGGAGGCCAGUGGGAUAUGCUUGUCAACCUCAUUGAAAAAUAUGGAGUCAUGCCUAAGAAGUGUUUUCCUGAAUCGUACAGUUCAGAAGCAAGCAAGGCCAUGAAUGAUGUUCUGAAUCACAAGCUACGGGAGUACUGUUACCGUCUCAGAAAAAUGGUGAAAAAUGGAUCAUCUGAUGAGGAGCUCUCUGCUGAAAAGGACAAUAUGAUUGAAGAGGUCUUCAGAAUAGUUAAUAUUUGCCUGGGCACACCGCCUAAAACUUUUACCUGGGAAUUUCGAGACAAAGAAAAGAACUACCAGCACAUCGGACCACUAACGCCCCUUCAGUUUUACACCGAACAUGUGAAGCCAGUUUUCAACAUGGAAGACAAGGUGUGCUUGGUUAAUGAUCCCAGAUCUUUCAAUCCCUAUGGAAAGCUAUACACUGUUGACUUUCUGAAUAACAUGGUGAAUGGAAGGCAAACCUUAUACAUCAAUCAGCCAAUUGAGGUGUUAAAGGAGUCAGCUGCUGCUUCCAUCAAAGAUGGCGAGGCAGUCUGGUUCGGAUGCGAUGUGGGGAAGGACUUCUGCAGCAAGCUGGGGAUUAAUGAUCCCAAAAUAUUUAACCGAGAGCUGGUGUUUGGAGUCUCUCUGGGUAACUUGGGCAAAGCAGAAAGACUGAUGUUUGGUGAAUCACAGAUGACUCAUGCCAUGGUUCUAACUGGCUUCUCUGAAAAGGUUGAAAGUGAAGCCGAAUUUGAAAAGUGGAGAGUGGAAAAUUCAUGGGGAGAGGAAAGUGGGAACAAAGGUUACUUGGUUUUAUUGGACGAUUGGUUCACUGACUACGUCUUCGAAGUGGUUGUGGACAAAAAAUACGUAUCAGCAGAGGUUUUGAAAAUAAUGGAGCAGGAACCCAAAGUUCUUCCAGCCUGGGAUCCAAUGGGCGCUCUGGCUUGAACACCCAAGAUGCUGUACAAGGAUGAUUUUACAUUACACAAGCAAAUCUUUUAAAGUUACGAAGAAAAAUAUAUUCAUUCUUACACUUAGCUGGAACUUUCUUCUCACUAUUGUGAACGAUCGUUGGAAGAAACAAAAUGGUUGACUUUUCACAGAAGCAUUCCUCAGAAAAAAGACACAUUUUGCCUAAACUACUUAAUCUCACAAUCAUCAGCAUCAUUUACAAGAAAUACCAAUGCAAAGGGAAAUCAAUAUACUGUUUGAGAGGAGAAUGCUGAUAGAUUGGCAAGUGGACUCUGACUGUACAGCAUGGGGAUUGCACUAUUUUGAUAAUGACUGACAGUUAACUGCCAAGCUUUAUUUACAUUUUAAACCAAGAAAGUUUACUCUGAUAAGGCAUUGACUCAACAAGAGAAAUAAACCAGAGAAUGGCUGUCACCUAUUUGUUGAUUUGAUACAGAUGCAAUGUAUGUAUACAUUCAAAAUAGGUAUAUUAAUAUACCUAUGUUUCAGUCUGCGCAAGUGCACCAUGCUGCACAAUUAAUUGACAAUCCUCGAUUGUUCCUUGCCUGUUGCAACAGAGCAGCUCUACCCUUCAGCCAUUCACUGCCAGCAAACUACUGUCCACAUCCGACCAGCAUGUGCUUACAAAAACCCCAAAACAGUUUCCAAUGCUAGAUAUGAUUGGAUAACAUUUAUGAAAUAAUUGCGUGUGCAAGAAUUAAUCCUAAAAUUUAGGAUGGUCAGUCAGAUCUGCAAUGUAGUUGCUACAUGCUGAAAGCUACAAAUAUUAAUGUAUACGGAUCUGCACUUUGCAGACAGUAACAACAUGUGCAUAUGAUUCACUUGUUUCAACUCAAAAAAAUAGCAGCUAUUCUCUGGAACAAUUCUCAGAUAUAUUUAAGAAAGAGAUCAAUAAAUGUUUGGAUUCUAAAGGCAUGAAGUGAGAAAAUAAGAAUAUGGCAUUGAGAUAGAAGAUUAGCCAUGGCACUAUUGAAUGGGAGAACAGACUUGAAGGGCCAAAUGGUCUGAGUUUCUAUGUUUCCUUGUCAGUGUCUUGACCAGUCAGACACAGCCUCUUUGUGUAAAAUAUAAACAAAGCUUGGCAGUUGGCUGUUAGUCACCAUUAACUGGUGCAUUGCCCAUGGAAGUACCAAUCCCCUUGUCAAUCAGUUAGCACACUCCUAAAGUUUAAAUCUUGUUUUCGCUUUCCACAGUUAUUUCUUGUGAAUGGUCCUAACGAGUGCAAAAUGAAAGACUUUGACAAAAUGUGUAUUUUUUUCUCAAAUUCCAUACCACCAAAUGACUAUUUGUAUUCCUGUUUUGUUGUCCUAAUGUUUAAUGUCAUUCAAUAGAUUGCGUCCUUUUACAACUUUGACAAAACCUGGUCAAUAUUUUCAGUAAAUAUGCCUCAAGUGUAUUAUUUGCUUGUUAAUUAGAUUUGUUAUGUUUCUCAAGAGAAGGAACAAAGAUGUUUCAGAACAAACACCCAGCGACUGCAUCAAGUCAUCUCUGAUCAAGUGUAAUGUGAGGCAGAUGCAGUGAAAGCUGCCAUUUUAUGUCUCUGAGUUGGUGUUUCUCUAUUCUAAAUCAUGAGAAAAGUCUAUGUCAGGUAAUGACUAUGUAAAGUACUGUCUGUUAGCAAAAGACGUUUUUAAAUCCCUGUUUUUUUUGUAACUGCAUUCUGGUACAUAUUCCUGAAGGAGAAUGUGCAUGGUGAGGAACAUUAUCCCCUCUGUGGUGUGUCUGUAGCUGGAAGGACAUGUUAUGAGGUGGGAGGGCAGCAUAGCAACAUUCUGUUGUCUUCCCACCUCUGCCAAAAUUAAGUCUGGGUGAGAAGACCCAUGGACAACUUCCUAUCUUGCAGCCAAAGUGAGGCCUAUAAAUGGGCACUUACCGACCACUUAAAGACCUCACCUUGCCACUAUUAGUAUUAACCCAGUGACAGAGAGGACAAGAAGCAAGCCGUUGCAGUCUGCUUCUGGCCUCCUCCUGGGUGCAGUUAAGAAGUCCUUUGUGCAAACGAUACUCGCUGCCUGCUCAAGGGAUCUAUAAGUGAAGAAGGCCUGCUGAAUGCUACACCUUACUGCGGACACAACCCCGCACCUUCCACAACCCCCAGUCUGCAAAAUCCCUCUCACUAUCACUCACCUCUGAUCUGGAUGGCUCUGGGCUUUUGUCGACCAUCGUGAACGCCUCCCCCAUUGACAAUGCUGAGCACAAAAAGCUGCUGGCCUCUGAUUGACUGGCAGCUCCCUGUCAACAGCACUUUCUGCCCUGGGAGCGUCUUCCAGUAGAGGUCUCCUAAUUGCCUGAGUAGCAUAUAUAAUACUAGUGGACAUUCCCUGGAGAGCCAACUGCUGUUCCUACUCUCUAGUUGACUGGCAAUCCCCCACAUCCAUGCUGUUUCAUAUCUCAUCUCAUCACAUUCACAUUUUCCAUUGCUCCUGGUCUGAACUUGUAACAAAAGAAUUUGUUCCAAUCCGUCAAACGUGUUUUUUUUUAAAAAGAACCAACCAUUUUCUACCAAUUUUCACCAUUCAUUCAUUCUUUGAUCAUUGUUCUUUCCCCUCUCCUUGAAUCUUCCAAGGGCAAUGACUCUCCGCUCCAAGGGAGGGUGAGAAAUCUUGUUCCUGGUCACUGCUAAGGCCGCAAUUAAGCCAAUUGCUAGGAUGGGUACAAAUGAUCAUGUAUGAUGCACCUUCAAAUUCCUUACCUACCUCUACCUGACAUCCUCUUUGAAGUGUGCAACAGGAAUUCUGGAACUCGCAACAUGGGAAUUGGAAUUAUUUGUUGUCCCAAUGGAUUGCAGAGUGUCAUUCUUUGUUUACUUUUAACGUGAUACAAAUAAAAGUCCAUUCUUAGAAACUGAGUUUGGGGAAACAAGAGAGGAAAUCUGACAAUCAGAUUGCCACACUAACAAGUUCCAUACUGUGCAUGCUUGUGUAAAUGUUGGUGCUGUUUAGAGUGUGUAGAGACAAAGAUGAGAAGCAUGACAUUGCUAUUGAAGUACUAGAAUAAAGAUGAAAGCUAGGCAUA